CCUGAAAAACUUCGUUCUUAACUUCUUCGGAAUUCGACAGCAUUCUGCAAAAAUUCAUCAUGGUGGACGUCGGAUGGUAUUUCGACAUGGCGGUGUAAUCAAGUCAAGAUUGGAUCUGAUGGAAACAAAAAAAUACGAGAAAGCGAGCACUGAAACACGUGACCGGAGAAGAUUAAUUGUUCUGACGUUGAGGAAGCACCAAGAUGGAAUUUGGAUUACCAAACUCGUUGAAGGAUUGAAAGAAUCCGCGCCGCCUCCUUCUUCUUCCCAGCAUAGAUUUGAAAUCGAUGUGAUAGCGUUGGAAGAUUGGCUGGGAAAGGGAUGGUUGAUUUCAGACAAAGUAGAGACCAACGAUGAUGACAAAAGCUCUAUAAUUGGACUCGUCAACCGAGUCUCGGAUGCGGCCAGCCCGGCACUCUUCAAGGCCUGCUGCGGUCUCCUCGCUGUGGUCGAAAAUGUACUACACAUUCCAGUUUGGAACGGAAGCACUGCCUACUCGCUUGCUGGAAACAAAUGGAGACACCACAUACUUUUUCGGCAAGCAAAUCUGUCGGCACCCAUAACCAUGGUAUACUAUACUGGAUAUGGCAAGGAUUCCGAGCGUACCACUGAAAGGACAGUCGAGAUUGAUACUGGAAUAUUUCGGCAGAACGAAGCUGGUAGAUUCGAAUUGUUGAUAAAGCCGAACGCUGGUGGUUUUGGAGUCGGGAUUGAAAAGCAGUCGAUUCUGCCGCUGAUUGCUUCUUCGUCGAGUGACCAGACACAUUCUUUCGGAAGAAAGAAAACAACUAGAAGCAUCAGAAUCCCUGAGUCGUUUGAAGACGAGAUGGCACUGAUUCAACAAUACGAACAACCCAUAGAUGGAAAACUCUAUCGUGUGUGGUUUCUGAAUGGGAAGGUUCAGUGCGCAGUGGAACGAACUAUCCACGUUGCAAAAAAAGAAGAAGAACAAGGCCUUCUCGAUGCAGUUGCCACUUCCACUGCUGAGUUUACUUCGGGCUGCGCAGGAGGGAGUUUUUGCACAUUACCUGGGUCUACUCGAAAUCACAGUGGGAACAUCAGUUACGAUGCCAAACAAACUCAAUCGAACAAAGACUCUACCAAUGGGUCAUCUGUGUUAGAAGCGCCAAAGUCUCUUGCAUCCACUGUUGCUCCUUCAAAUAUGCUGCCAUGGAGGGUUCCAAGAGAAGUUCGAAGAGAAAUCGAAGACCAAUUGCUUCCACUGGUUGCCGAUGCACAUUGUGGAAGUAUCGAGUUUCUGCACAGUUCCCCUUGUCGGUCGUCGGCCACAGCAAUGAUCAGAAAUGGUGAUACUUCUGAAAUUCAUGAGAACGACAACGAUGAAGUGGAAAUGCAAACCACCAGGGGUCAUUGCCCGCGACGUUUGUAUUUCGAUUUCAAUCUCUUGUCAACUCUGCCGAUCAUAGAGGGUCCGAAAGAUGUUGAUAGUAGUGCAAUUGAGCAAGCAAAACGAGCGGCAGAGAUGGUUUGGCCAAAGGACUACGACCCUUGGCUUGAAUUGGCACGCGCCAUCUGGGAAUUCUUCGUGACGGCGGAUGCAUAGAAGGAAGAAUAGGAAACGGUUGAUAGGCUAUUGUGAUUCCAAAUAACGUAUAAGCAACUAC